CGCAAACCCCCCAAACCUCCGGAUUCCGGAACUUGUCCACCACACCACCUCGUUGCUCGCAUCUCUUCCUGAUCCCCCCCGUUGGAUUCGAUUCGGGGCGUAAAAUUUCCUGCUCUGCAAUCCGUCGCAAUCAAGCGGCCGCUUUCCGAGGCCCCGGGCUCCCUUCCCUUCGCAUUUAUCCUCGCUGAGACUCGAGAAACACCGCGACCAGGAGAAAUUUCAGCAGGAGCAGGCGAUGGCGAGCCCGCAGUGCUGCGCGAACCCACCGACGCUGAACCCGGCCGGCGGGGAGGGGAAGGUGGUGGAGAGCUUCGGCGGGAUCAAGGCGUACGUCGCCGGCGCCGCGGAGUCCAAGGCCGCCGUCGUCCUCAUCUCCGAUGUCUUCGGGUUUGAAGCGCCGAACCUGAGGAAGAUAGCCGACAAAGUUGCCUCGUCUGGAUACUUUGUUGUGGUGCCAGAUUUCUUACAUGGGGAUCCUUUAGUACCUGAAAGUACUGAGAAACCGUUUCAAAUGUGGAUAAAAGAACAUGGCCCGGACAAAGCAUUUGAAGAGGCGAAACCAAUUAUUGCCGCUCUGAAGGAGAAAGGAGUGUCUAGUAUUGGGGCUGUAGGUUAUUGCUGGGGUGCAAAGGUGGUGGUAGAGUUAGUGAAAGCUCAUGAGAUCCAGGCUGCUGUGAUGUGUCACCCCUCUUUUGUGACUGUUGAUGAUAUGAAAGAGGUCAAAUGCCCAAUUGCUAUACUUGGAGCUGAAAUUGAUCGUAUGUCCCCACCAGAAGUGGUGAAGCAGUUCGAGCAGGUUCUUUCUUCAAAGUCAGGGAUUGGCCACUUUGUCAAGAUCUUCCCUGGGGUUGAACAUGGAUGGACUGUGAGAUACAAGAAUGAUGAUGCAGCUGCUGUCAAGAGCGCCGAGGAAGCCCUGGCGGACAUGAUUGACUGGUUUAAUAAGAACCUGAAGUGAAUUUGACAUAUCCGCUGUCCACGAUCGGUUUGUGUAUUGCUCAUGUUUCAUCGCAAGCAUCCUGAAUUUACGGUUGAGUAGCCUUCCCAUUAUGUUUGUGCUAGUAGUGUAUAUGCUUUGCUUGUGUUAGGAAUUUGCUUUGUGUCAACCUGAACUUCCACUUCUGUAAUAAAAAUGGAUGGGCGAGCAUCUUCUCGGUUUGGUGGUCACGACUGACGAGAACAUAUCAUUUUGUUACAUCGAACUUUUGAAACUUUGCA